CGCAUCUUUGACCUCGACACUUCACUUACCACCAUAUUACUGCGCCCCUGCCCUCGUUCGACUGCCUGCUUACCCAUGUCCGGCCAGGAGACUUCCCCGCAGUCUCCCCCCGCCAACACCGGCAAGCAUCGAAGGCCUUGGACAUCCACCGAGGACUCGGCCUUGAGGACGCUGGUAGCUCACUUUGGGGACAGCAGAGGACCCGAAGGCAGGUGGAAGGACAUUGCUGCCGGUCUUCAAGGCCGGACAGCCAAGGACUGUCGCAAACGCUGGUUUCACUCCCUUGACCCGUCGCUGCGCAAGGGUAGAUGGACGGCCCAAGAGGACGAGCUUCUCCUUUCGGCGUAUGCACGUCUUGGGCCGGCCUGGCAUGAUAUUGCCCUUCUCAUUCCUGGCAGGAAAGACGACCAAUGUUCAAAGAGGUACAACGACAUUCUCAAUCCAUCCGCCCAAAACCGCCUGAGCGAUUGGACAGCCCAAGAGGACAACCUACUCCGCCAAGGUGUUGCUACAUUAGGUCAUCGCUGGGCAGCUAUAUCAUCGCGGAUACCUGGCCGUCCACCUCUCACCUGCCGCAACCGCUGGCGCACUCUCUCUCGUCAAUCUCAUUCCCGCGUCGCCAAAUCCCAAGGCAACACACCAUCGUCAUCGACGUCGCAAAUGUCCCCCAUGGAUAGCGGAGUAUCACCUGCACCCCAGAAUCUCACUAUCGACAUGGAAUCUGGAAGCGGGAACGCAGCCGAGCAGAUUAUGCCAUUCUCUGUCAUGGAGACUGAGGCUGGUGAACAGACAGGGCCCAGUUUCCUCGACUCGGCCUUUUACGAAACCUUUUCUGGCCCCUCGCCGCCGUCACACAAUGAUGCUGACGGUGAGAAUGCCGAGAAGGUCAACGGGACUGGAGUCUCGUCCGAUGACAACAUCAUCAUGAAGACGGAUUCUCUAAAGGACGAGGGCUUGCAGCGCACCGCCUCCAAUGGAAACGGUGAGGUCGAAACUGCAAACGCAGAAGAUGCAGGCCUUCAGCGCGGAUUGGCCGGCCGCCAUCUUAUGAUGUUGGCAAUCGGAGGCGUUAUUGGCCCCGGCUACUUUGUUGGCAUGGGCACUGGUCUUUCAACUGCCGGGCCUGCAGGUCUGCUGCUGUGCUUUGCCAUCGUGGGAGUUCUGCUGUGGGCUGUGAUGCAGUCUCUGGGAGAGCUUGGAGCGUUUAUUCCCAUGUCUGGUUCUUUCACUCAUUACACGUCCAUGUUUCUCGAUCCCGCCCUUGGAUUCGCUCUUGGAUGGAACUAUUGGCUUCUCUGGGCCGGUAUCAUCAUCGCAGAAUACAACAACUUGGGUCUGGUUUUGACAUACUGGGAGACUCCUAUUCCGCGAUGGGGCUGGAUCUUGAUCUUCUGGGGAAUCUUCCUCGCGUUUACUUUCCUCGGUAUCCAAUCCUUCGGUGAAGCCGAAUUCUGGCUCGCUUUGAUCAAGGUCAUUGCCAUCCUCGCCUUCUUCCUCUGCGCCAUCCUCAUCACCUCGGGCGCCAUCGGCGGUGAAAAGAUGGGGUUCAAGUUUUACCACGAUCCGGGUCCCUUUGCGGACGGUGUCAAGGGCGUCUUCAAGAUUUUUACCUUUGCUGCGCUUAUGUACAGCGGUACCGAGAUGAUUGGUCUGACUGCCGGAGAGUCCAAGAACCCUGCUAAGGACGUUCCCAAGGCUGUCAAGAGCGUUCUUUGGAGAAUCGUUGGCAUCUUUUUGCUCGGUAUCUUCUUUCUGACUCUUACUGUCCCUUACAACGACCCCAAUCUGCUUUCGGCAAAGAGCAAGACUGCCCGGUCUCCUUUCGUCAUUGCCUUUACUCGAGUCGGAGCUACAGCUGGUGCACAUGCCAUCAACGCCGUCAUCCUCAUCACCAUGUUUUCUGCCAUCAAUAGUGCCCUGUAUGUUGGCUCGAGAACCCUCUAUGGUCUGGCUGUCGAGGGUUUGGCUCCCAAGAUCUUUGCUUGGACAAACUCGAGGGGCGUCCCAGCCUACUCCCUCGUUCUCAUGAACCUGAUCGGUUUCCUGUCCCUGCUUAACCUUUCCAGUGGGGCCGGUGUUGUCUACACUUGGAUCAUUUCCAUGACAGGUGUAGCCACGUUCAUUACCUGGGGCUUAAUCUCUCUCAACCACAUCCGCUUUCGCAUGGCUCUCAAGGCCCAAAACAUCCCUAUCGACGUCCUACCCUUCCAAGCCCCCGCCUGGCGCUUCUGCGCGUACCUCGGCGUUGGCGGAAACCUCUUUUUUGCUUUCUUCCAGGGUUGGACUUCUUUUGCGCCGUGGGACGUGGAGGCUUUCUUCAUGAACUAUGUCAUCCUCCUCGUGUUCAUCAUCUUGGCUGUGGGCUGGAAGGUUACGCACAAGACAAAGUUUGUGACGCUGAAGAGUAUCGACUUUAGUAGUGCUAGGCUUUGGAAUGUUGAGAUGCAGAUGAGGGCUGAUGCCGAGGCUGGUAUCCAGGCUAAGGAAGAAGAGGUCAAGGAGUAA